AUGCAUUUGAGUGAGAACGAAGGUGUCGAAGGCAACACCUUCGUCGUUACCGGAGGCCUCGGCUUCGUCGGCGCCGCUCUCUGCUUAGAGCUAGUUCGUCGCGGUGCUCGCCAGGUCCGCUCUUUUGAUCUACGUGAUUCAUCUCCUUGGUCCGAUGAGCUCAUAAACAGUGGCGUUCGUUGCAUCCAAGGUGAUGUAACUCGGAAACAAGAUGUGGACAAGGCACUAGAUGGAGCAGACUGUGUUCUGCAUCUUGCUUCCUAUGGUAUGUCUGGUAAAGAGAUGCUACAGUUCGGUCGUUGCGACGAGGUUAACAUAAACGGGACAUGUAACGUCUUGGAGGCUGUGUUCAAACACGAGAUCACAAGACUUGUGUACGUCAGCACUUACAACGUUGUGUUUGGUGGUAAGGAGAUUAGGAACGGUAAUGAAAGUUUGCCUUAUUACCCGCUUGAUGAUCAUGUCGACGCCUAUGGUCGGAGUAAAUCCAUUGCGGAACAGCUUGUACUCAAGAGUAACGGCCGACCAUUUAAAAAUGGGGGUAAGAAGUUGUAUACAUGUGCGGUUCGUCCAGCAGCUAUUUAUGGACCUGGUGAAGACAGACAUCUUCCUAGGAUAGUUAAUCUAGCGAAGAUGGGUUUGCUGCUGUUCAAGACCGGUGAAGCGAGUGUUAAGACAGAUUGGAUUUAUGUUGAGAACCUUGUCCUAGCUAUCAUAUUGGCUAGUAUGGGACUCUUGGAUGACAUUCCUGGUAGAGAAGGAGUGCCUGUUGCUGCUGGUCAACCUUAUUUUGUCUCUGAUGGUUCCCCUGUGAAUACAUUUGAGUUUCUACGUCCUUUCCUACGAAGUUUAGACUACGACAUCCCCAAAUAUACUCUCUCUGUACCUGUUGCGGUGACCUUGGGUAAGAUCUUCCAAGGUGUCUACACUGUUCUGUAUCCAUGGCUAUCUAAGAGCUGGUUACCGCAGCCUCUUAUUCUUCCUGCUGAAGUCUACAAGGUCGGUGUUACCCAUUAUUUCUCAUAUCUCAAGGCUAAGGAAGAGCUUGGAUAUGUUCCAUUCAAGAGCUCUAAGGAAGGCAUGGCUGCAACAAUCUCAUAUUGGCAGGAGAAGAAACAGAGAUCACUAGACGGUCCAACUAUAUUCACUUGGUUAGCUGUUAUACUAGGAAUGUCGGCUCUCUUUGCUGCGGGAUGGCUACCAGAAGUAGGACCAGUGCCUUUCUUAAGAGCCUUACACCUCUUCUUCUUCAGGACAAUGACAAUGGUAAGAGCUGUGUUUAUCGUAGCGGUGUUACUACAUGUUGGAGAAGGAAUCUAUGCUUGGUCUCUGGCUAAACGAGUUGAUCCUGACAAUGCAAUGGGGUGGUUCUGGCAAACUACAGCUCUUGGGUUUUUCUCAAUGCGGUUUUUGUUGAAGAGAGCCAAAGACCACCACCAGGCUUAA